AUGAAAGAAAUUUAUUCUCAUAAUAUCAAAAUUCCGGAUUUUUCUCUCCCUAAUAAAACGAAAUUGAUAUUAAUUGAGAAUGAGGCUCUAUCAACGUUAACUGAAAGUAAUAAGGGCAUUAAUUCUAGCCUCAUUCUAGCACCUGAUUUGGAAAAGAUGGCUGAACCAAAGAAAAUGGUUGAAACGGCAAGGUCACUUGAAAAGGAAACUCCUUAUUAUCAUAAAAGCUCACUUUGGGAUUCUACUCUUACUAAAAUUCCAGGAUUGAGUUUCAAGGUUAAUAAAUUUCCUUUAAAUCCAGUUGGUUCGGUAACGUGCUUGAGAGGAGAUAAUGAAGGGAGAAGGUACGGGUCUGAUACCAAUUAUCCCACUUACUCUGAUCACAUGCAGGGUGUGAAAGGUUUUAUGGGUGAUCAAGUGCAGGGUCCAACAUGUUUACUGAGUGAAGAUGUGAAAGUGUUUCCUAACAAUUUUGUAAAAUUGUUGUAUUCUCAUGUUAAGAGAAACGACAAUAGGGUUGCUCAUAGUCUGGCUAGAAAUGCACUAUGCAUACUAGAUGUUCAAGUAUGGAUGGAAGAUGUCCCAUCACAUAUUGGUUUGAUUUUACUAUUGGAUGUAGUUGAAUUACAUUAAUAAAAUCCAUCAGUUUU